GCGCGGGGCUUGGGGCUAAGGAGGCGGAGGGCCCAGGGGUUCCUCGGCACCAUCUCUUGCCUGGCCGAAGUUCAGAUUUGUGUGGCUGAUCUUAAGGGCCUAGGAGCCCCGCGGUUGGGAAAAGUGGCUUUACUGGGGAGCACACCCUCUCUCGGAGCAUCUCCCACCCCGAGCCUCUCCAUCCUAUGGCGGAGGACGCAGCUGUCAAAUGAUCCAGUGACUUCACUUAGCGGAAGUAGUUCCUCUAAUAAAUUGUUUUGACAGUUAAAGUAGUACUUAAUCAGUGUCGGGUACUGGGUCAAGACUUGAAUGUGCAUUAUCUCAUUUAGUCAUUGAACAAUGCUAUUACGUAGGUGCUUAUCACCAUUUUUCAAAAUUUUAAACCGAGAUGAAGUAACUUGCCCAAGACCAUACAGCAAUGACAGAAACGAGAACUGAAUCCAAGCAGUCGUUUUUCAUUGCUCGCCACUCUUAACUAAGAUUCAGACUGAAGCACUCAGAAACGUGUUUUAACUCAAAUGGGUGAUGAAAAGGACUCUUGGAAAGUGAAGACUUUAGAUGAAAUUCUUCAGGAAAAGAAACGAAGGAAGGAACAAGAGGAGAAAGCAGAGAUAAAACGCUUAAAAAAUUCUGAUGACCGGGAUUCCAAACGGGAUUCCCUUGAGGAGGGGGAGCUGAGAGAUCACCGCAUGGAGAUAACAAUAAGGAACUCGCCUUAUAGAAGAGAGGACUCUAUGGAAGACAGGGGCGAGGAAGAUGACUCUUUGGCUAUCAAACCGCCCCAGCAAAUGUCCCGGAAAGAAAAAGCUCAUCACAGGAAAGACGAAAAGAGAAAAGAGAAACGUAGGCAUCGUAGUCAUUCAGCAGAAGGGGGGAAGCACGCUAGAGUGAAAGAAAAAGAAAGAGAACACGAACGUCGGAAACGACAUCGAGAAGAACAGGAUAAAGCUCGCCGGGAAUGGGAGAGACAAAAGAGGAGGGAGAUGGCAAGAGAACAUUCCAGGAGAGAGAGGGACCGUCUGGAGCAACUGGAGCGGAAGCGGGAGCGGGAGCGGAAGCUGCGGGAGCAGCAGAAGGAGCAGAGGGAACAGAAGGAGCGCGAAAGGCGGGCUGAGGAGCGACGCAAAGAGCGGGAGGCACGCAGGGAAGUGUCUGCACAUCACCGCACCAUGCGGGAGGAGUAUGGUGAGAAGGUGAAAGCCAGCCACUGGAGCCGCAGCCCACUCCGGCCACCGCGGGACAGGUUCGAGCUGGGCGACGGCCGGAAGCCAGUAAAGGAAGAGAAAAUGGAAGAAAGAGACCCCCUGUCCGACUUGCAAGAUGUCAGUGACAGUGAGAGGAAGACCAGCUCAGCAGAGUCAUCCUCAGCGGAGUCGGGGUCCGGCUCAGAGGAGGAGGAGGAAGAAGAGGAGGAGGAGGGGAGCAGCAGUGAGGAGUCGGAGGAGGAGGAGGAGGAGGAAGAGGAAGAGGAGGAGGAAGAAGAAGAGGAGACGGGGAGCAAUUCCGAGGAUGCUUCCGAACAGUCAGCUGAAGAAGUGAGCGAAGAGGAGAUGAGUGAUGACGAUGAGCGAGAGAACGAAAACCAUGUCCUCGUGGUUCCAGAGUCACGAUUUGAUCGCGAUUCCGGGGAGAGUGAGGAAGGGGAGGAAGAAGGGGGCGAGGGGACCCCACAGAGCAGCGCCCUCACCGAAGGAGACUGCGUGCCCGACUCCCCCGCCCUGUCGCCAAUCGAGCUCAAGCAGGAGCUGCCCAAGUACCUGCCCGCCCUGCAGGGCUGCCGGAGUGUGGAGGAGUUCCAGUGCCUAAACAGGAUCGAAGAGGGCACAUACGGGGUGGUCUACAGAGCAAAGGACAAAAAAACAGAUGAAAUUGUGGCUCUGAAACGGCUGAAAAUGGAAAAGGAAAAGGAGGGAUUUCCCAUCACGUCGCUAAGAGAAAUCAACACCAUCCUCAAGGCCCAGCACCCCAACAUCGUCACUGUCAGAGAGAUUGUUGUGGGAAGCAACAUGGACAAGAUCUACAUCGUGAUGAACUAUGUAGAGCACGAUCUGAAAAGCCUGAUGGAGACCAUGAAGCAGCCUUUCCUGCCAGGGGAAGUGAAGACCCUGAUGAUCCAGCUGCUGCGGGGGGUGAGGCACUUGCAUGACAACUGGAUUCUGCACCGUGACCUCAAGACGUCCAACCUGCUUCUGAGCCACGCCGGUGUCCUCAAGGUGGGUGACUUUGGGCUGGCGCGUGAGUAUGGGUCCCCACUGAAGGCCUACACCCCAGUUGUGGUGACCCUGUGGUACCGUGCUCCAGAGCUACUGCUUGGUGCCAAGGAGUACUCCACAGCCAUUGACAUGUGGUCUGUGGGCUGCAUCUUUGGGGAGCUGCUGACUCAGAAGCCCCUUUUCCCUGGCAAGUCGGACAUCGACCAGAUCAACAAAGUGUUUAAGGACCUGGGAACCCCCAGUGAGAAAAUCUGGCCUGGCUACAGUGACCUCCCUGCAGUCAAGAAGAUGACGUUCACAGAGUACCCCUACAAUAACCUCCGCAAGCGCUUUGGGGCACUGCUCUCUGACCAGGGCUUUGACCUCAUGAACAAGUUUCUGACCUACUUCCCCGGGCGGAGGAUCAAUGCUGAAGAUGGCCUCAAGCAUGAGUAUUUCCGCGAGACCCCCCUCCCCAUUGACCCCUCCAUGUUCCCCACAUGGCCCGCCAAGAGUGAGCAGCAGCGUGUGAAGCGUGGCACCAGCCCACGGCCGCCUGAGGGGGGCCUGGGCUACAGCCAGCUGGGUGAUGAUGACCUCAAGGAGACCGGCUUCCACCUGACCACCACAAACCAGGGGGCCUCAGCCGCCGGCCCCGGCUUCAGUCUCAAGUUCUGACCUCAGAGCAGGAUGUAGCACACGCCCAAUGGGUGGGGCCUGGCCAGGCGGGGUGGGGGCACAAGGCUCCCCUGGGCGACACAGUGGUUAGUGCGCUGUCAUCGUCCAGAUUGCAUCCCCAAACCAGAGCUUCAGGGACCUCUGGGGCCAGGAAGCCCGGACUCAGAGCUCCUUGUCGUGUUCUUACUUCAUUUUCCACAUUUUAAUUUUAUUUUGGCAUGUAAAUUUAUAGAAUUAAAUCAUAUUUUCCUUGUUGUAGAGGGAAAGGCUCUUUUUUCAGGUCGAUCAGACUUGUCCUGGGGGUGCCCAGUGUGAAGAAGCUGGGCAUUAAGGGGCAAAUGUGUACGGCACGUUCUCCCACACACACUUGGACACGUACACACGGCACCCUCAUACACGCAUGCGAGCACACACGAACGGGCAGCCAAGCUGAGCCCAGGCGGCCAGCCAGUCAGACAGUGGUAGUAAUUUGGAGCCAGUGCUGUGGGAGGGUUUUUUCUGGGUGUUAAUCUUGCGGGAUUCAUGUCCUGGGCCUGGCGACCUUCUAGUAGGCAUGGAAGCAAGCACUUUCCUGCUUCCUUCUGAGGCCGCCGACCUCAGUGACCCAGGUGGACACCCUGGGAUCCCUCCCAGCAUUGUCCACGUGGCUGUAAGCCCCUGCCCAGGCCCCACAAGCCACUGUGUUUGCUGUUCUCACACCGGAGUUUUUAUACAAUAGGAUGUUAGUUUUUAAGUGUAGUGAACUAUUGAAAAAACUCUGGGGUUUCCUUCUAAACUCUGGAGUAUCAUUCUGGCCCAGAGCUGAAUCUGGUGGGAGGCUCCCUUGCUCUGGCACAGGUGAAGGGACAGGGUGGUUCACACUGGUGGGUCCUUAGCUGUCUGACCUCAUUUCCAAUGCCGCCUCCCCUGGCUGCCUCAGCAACAUCAGGGCCAGGCAGAGGAAAAGGCCUAGAACCCAGGUUGUCAGGAGCUUGGUACAAGAGCUAGAACCCGAUUGGGUGAGAUGCUG